UGAUGGGGGGAUAUGGGCGCUCGGAAGUGACGCCAUCACACCGGAAGCGCCUCAUACUAGGUUCUUCGGGGGUGAUGGCUCCGCCGCUGUCCCGGUGGUGCCCGGUGUAGGCCGACAACAUGGCGGAGCCGCAGCGGGAGGCCGCUGAUCCUGUGGGUUCGCCUUGCAGCCUGACUAUCCCCGGCACACGGAGCGGGCCCCCCAGCCCAGGCCUGUGUCCGGGGCCCCGCUCCCCUCGCAGCCCAGUACCGCAGGAAUGUGCCGGCCGCAGGGGCUCCAAAUGGGUCCGGCUAAACGUGGGCGGCACCUACUUCCUGAGCACAAAACAGACUCUGUGUCGGGAGCCCAAGUCCUUCUUAUACCGGCUGUGCCAGGAGGACCCCGACCUGGACUCGGACAAGGAUGAGACCGGAGCAUAUCUCAUUGAUCGAGACCCUACGUACUUUGGACCCAUCUUAAACUAUCUUCGACAUGGAAAACUGAUCCUUGACAAAGACCUUGCAGAGGAAGGAGUUCUAGAAGAAGCAGAAUUUUAUAACAUUGCCUCCUUAGUGCGACUAGUGAAAGAGCGUAUCAGAGACAACGAGAAUAGGACCUCCCAGGGUCCUGUCAAACAUGUAUACAGAGUGUUACAAUGUCAGGAAGAGGAACUCACACAAAUGGUGUCCACCAUGUCUGAUGGUUGGAAAUUUGAGCAGCUGAUCAGCAUUGGCUCUUCCUACAAUUAUGGUAAUGAAGACCAGGCAGAGUUCCUGUGUGUGGUGUCUCGGGAGCUUAACAACUCUACAAAUGGACUGGUCAUUGAGCCCAGUGAGAAGGCCAAGAUUCUUCAGGAGCGAGGAUCUCGAAUGUGAAGUGAAGAAUGGAUUAACAUCUGAUUUAGAGUUCCUCUGGGCUGCAACCAAAACCCUUGCUGUUUGUUGAGCUCAUGCGCUGUAUUACUGACUUUUUCCUGUUACCCUCAGCAGGCCUUAACAGCCCCAGGUUCAAGGGAAACUUGUCCUCCCUUAGGCGGCCUGUGAUUUGUGUUGUAUGGGAGUGUCAAGUAUGUUGUGGUUCAGUGGAUAACCCCCCUUUGUUUGGGACCGUUUUUUUUUUUUUUCUGUGUGUCUUCUAUCUAUGGCCUGUUCUUAAAGAGUCAAGCAUAAUCUGUUCUCCAAUUUCGACUUCUGCAAGCAUAUGAAGCUUCAAAUUAAAUGGGGAAUCUUUGGACAUUUCCUUUGGAUUACCUUCCUUUCUGACAGUUGCCAAACAUCACGAUUUCCUGUCUCAAGUACUGUUUACUGUGCAGUUAUGUCUCCUGUCAUGAUUCCAAGGGAGACCCUUUGCCUGUGGCCUAAUUUUCUGGGAAUUUACUGCCCAAUGUUUUCUCCGUAGGACUUGAAGAGGCGGAAAGUUAAUUUACUUCAACCAGGGUCUCGGCUUAAUACCACGGUAGCAGAGAGCUACUCACCCCACUGUGGAUACUGUCCAGCUAAUUUUGCUGGAGGGGACAUUACCAAGGGCAGUUUUGUGUUGUCUGUGCAUGUUUUCCUGUCCCUUAAACAUGAGUUUGUUUCCCGAGAGGGUGUUUUCUGUUUUUGGGCUACCUACCUCUGUCAAAAUUUGCACUUUUAUCACAUGCAAACUUUCUAAUAACACCUUGUUACAGUGCUAGGCAGAGAUGUGGGUGAUUGCUACUUUGAGUAUAUAAAUUCCCAACACAAGAACUGUUUAUUGCCAAAGUUGUUGUGCUGUUUUGUUUUUGCUUUUUUUUCGAUUUCUCACAUGUUCAGUGAUUAUUCCAAAAACACAUGAUUUGAUGUCUGACUGUAGGACACACUGGAAAAAUUGUACUCCUUUUAAUAAAGUAUUAUUAAAAUAA